GCUGUUGGAGAAAGAAGAGAGGAGAUUACUGAAAAACUACUACGCUAUAAUUGUAAAGUUCAUAUUUAAGAUCCACAAUGAAGGUCCCGCAUGCGUACAUACUAGUUUUGAGUUUCUGCCUCUGCCUAGGGACAACAUAUAGUGCUGCUGGCAGGAGGCAAUAUCAGAUUCAAAAUGGUCCAUGCAGCUACACCUUUCUGCUGCCCGAGCAGGAAAACUGCCGCACACAGAGCAACAGCUACAAUUAUCAGGUUCAAAAGGAUGGAACUAUGGACAAUGACGAGUCGGCCCAGAGGCUGGAACAACUGGAGAUCACCAUGGAAAACAACACACAGUGGCUGCUUAAGCUGGAGAACUACAUACAGGACGGCAUGAAGCAGGACAUGGUCCAGAUUCAACAAAGUGCUGUGCACAACCAUACGGCCACGAUGAUUGAAAUUGGAACAAACCUGCUGAGUCAAACUGCUGAGCAAACAAAGAAACUGAGCAAUGUGGAAGCACAGGUAAUUUACCACACAACCAGACUUGAACGGCAACUUCUUGAGAAUGCCUUGUCAACCAACAAACUGGAAAAACAACUAAUUGUCCAAACAAAUGAAAUCCAUAAACUGAGCGACAAAAACAGUUUCCUUGAGAAAAAAGUGGGGGAGAUUGAGGCGCAGAGGCAGGCGGAGCUGAAGAUAUUUCAAGAGGAAAAGGAGCAGCUCCGGAGUCUAAUACUGAGACAGACAGCAAUCAUAGGCGAGCUGGAGCAGCAGGUGCUUAAAGUCUCAAGCAACAACACUGUCCUACAGCAGCAUCAGCAGGAGCUGCUGGACACUGUGAACAGCCUCAUUCAAAGCAUCUCUGCUGGCGCAGUUCAAGAGGCUAAAACUGCCAUGAUGCAGGAUACUCCUACAACAUUCAUGGACUGUGCUGCUGUCUACAAGGCAGGAAAUACCCAGAGUGGAGUCUACACUCUGACAUUACCCAACACUACAAUAGAGGUUAAGGCUUACUGUGACAUGGUGACAGAAGGAGGUGGCUGGACAGUCCUACAAAAACGCUUUGAUGGCCAUGUGGACUUUCAUCGGACGUGGCAAGAAUACAAAACGGGAUUUGGAGAGGCUUCAGGUGAAUUCUGGUUAGGGAAUGAAUUUGUCUCCAGACUGACAAAUCAUCAGUCCUACAAACUAAGAAUCCAGCUGAGUGACUGGGAGGAAAACUCUGGAUUCUCACUGUAUGAUCAGUUUUCUCUAGACACAGAAGCACAAAAUUACAGGAUACACCUUAAAGGCUACAGCGGAACUGCAGGCAAAAUAAGCAGCAUCGGGCAGCCAGGAAGUGAUUUCAGUACUAAGGAUGCAGACAAUGACAAAUGUGUUUGCAAAUGUUCACAACUGACAACAGGAGGUUGGUGGUUUGAUGCCUGUGGACCUUCCAAUUUGAAUGGGGUGUAUUACCAACAAGGUCAAAACUCCAAUCGCUUCAACGGAAUCAAAUGGUACUACUGGAAGGGUUCUGGCUACUCCCUGAAGUCAACUACAAUGAUGAUCAGACCAGCUGACUACACAGCUCAUGUUUGAAUAAAAUCUCUCAGAUUGAACAAAGUGGGGAAAAAACGAAGCAACAAACAAAGUCAGAAAUAACUUUCUCAAGGCAGCCAAAGAACAUGAAACUAUUUUUUCAUUCCUUUGCAGAAACAAAUGUUGCACUGACAAAUAAAUUUACUAUAAAUGCCUGAGGGAAGCAUAAAUAGUCUUAGGUAUAGUAACUGUAUCAGCUAACCACUAAAAGUUAGAGUAAAAUUUGGCAUUACUUAUUUUCAUUUAUUUAAUAUUUUUAUCUAGUUUAAGUACCCCUUAACUAGGGUUUAAAGCUGCCAAUAUAUUUGUAAAAACAGUCAAAUGGUACAACUUGCAGAUACAGUACACAACCAGCACAAGUGUUGUGAAAAAAAUUUAAAUGUUAAAAUACCACAGAAAGUGCUAAAAUGAUUUUAUUUUUUUCUACAAAGAAUAUUUGUACAUUAAUUUUUUAAUUUAUAUGUAGACUGAGUUUGAUAUUUAAGAUAGUUCUAUAAAACAGAGGCUUGAUAUGGACCGUGCGUCUUCAUUCAAGCUAGUUAACAAUUUAAUUGCACACAAAAAAAGAGGAACUACUUUGUGUAUGUAAUAUAAAUCUGCAGUACCUUACCGCAUGCCCAUCCAAAAUGGUGAUGUUUGUUGCAGUUUUGGGGAAUUUGUAUUUAUGUACUGUUCUUUUAAAGCCAUAACAACUUG